GGUUGUGUUUGUGUGUUGAGCGGAACGAUCUAGUUCCGACGCUGAAUUUAGUGGAUUGUGAACAGUUUACAUCUGGAUCAUACUCAUAACAAGCUUAUUCCACAGGUUUUGUUUUUUCUCAGCACGAUUUUGUGAAAUUUAAUUGUGUGUAUCAGUGAGUUUCCGGUUUGGGAGUUCGCCUUUGUUCAUCUGUAUUAUUUUUGUGGACAAGUGUUUUCUGUUUAUUGAGUUGUGAUUCCUAAUGGUGGUCCUUGAAGGUGGAGGCAUGUUGACUACCGGAAGCAAUCAAUAUCUGCAGCCGGACUACCUUUCCCCGCUUCCUACUACGCUGGAUGCGAAGAAGAGCCCGUUAGCCUUGCUCGCGCAGACUUGUAGCCAGAUCGGAGCCGAUACCCCGAACACCAAGCCACUGAUUCCUCCGCUGGAGAAGCCGAAGAAGCCAACGGCAGUGAGCGACAACUCUGCCGUGACUCCGCCGACCGGUGCCGGCCACAAGGCCGACAAAACCCCGGUGGCUCGCACCAGCCCGGCCGAGCCCGCGCGAGGGGCCGGUGGCUUAGCGUUCAAGCCGUACGAGACCAACGUUCUCUGUAAGAAGUCCGAAGACAAUCGUCCUCCGUCUAAAGCUGGAAGUGUCCACAAUUCAGAAAGUGGGGAAGAAAAGAGAUCGAAUUCAGGCUCGCGUGCUCCGAGUCGUAAGUCUGCCUCGCCGCCCACCAACAGUGGUGCAACACCAGGUCCUGGCGAUGCUGGCAAAACCUCAGUGCCGCCUGCAACCCCUGGCUCUACUGAACGCGGAAGGUCCGUGUCGCCUGCUGCUGGCCGCAACGAAGGAGCUAGCCCGAUAAUUAGAUCUGGUCUAGAAAUUCUUCAAGGACAUCCAAGUGAUAUACCUCUUGGGACCUACAAUUCUGGUGGCCUCGGACCACUUGGUUCUCUGCGUUCUGGGUGCCCUCCAGGUCUAGAAGCCACCAACCCAGCCUUCCGACCACCAUUUGCCGGAGUUCCGUUCUCUCACCACCACGCGGCAAUGCUGGCAGCUGGCUACCCGCCGACGGCGCCCGGCCCGUACGUCCACUACGCCCGAGUGAAGACGGCUUCUGGAGGCGAGGCACUUGUGCCUGUGUGCAAGGACCCCUAUUGCACAGGGUGCCAAUACAACACCCACCAACAACUGCUGCUCGGUGGAUCCUCUGCGACACCCUGCCCCAGUGGGUGCACCCAGUGCGAGCACCAAAAAUACAGCUUGGCGGCCGCAGCAGCAGCGCUGUCAGGUCUCAUGCCGCCUGGGCCUGGGCCUGUGCCAGCGCCAGCCCCUCCCCCGCUGGCAUACUCGCACCAGCUUGGCCGGCCAUACGUUUGCAAUUGGUUUGCCGGCGGCAACUACUGUGGGAAGAGGUUCAACGCGCCCGAUGAGCUCCUGCAGCACUUGAGGACGCACCCUAGUCUCGCCGUAGACACCCCUUCGGCCACCAUGUCUUUCCUCAACCACAAUACGUUGGUGUCGUCGUCGGGCAUCUUGCACCGUACCGCCGGAUAUCCGAAUUCGCCUCUGACGCCACUGUGUGCGACCAGGCACCACCCUUACUCUAAACCCGGGCUCCCAGCCUCCUUGGCAGCCUCCCCUUACAGCGCGUUCAAUCCUACGGCCCUAGGCCCGUACUACAACCCGUACUCUGUCUAUGGUCAACGAAUAGGUGCUGCAGCCGUCCAUCCGUGAGCACCAGACGAAGUACACCCAGUUCUUUUUCCAUUUUCUUUUUCGAAACCACGGCGCAGAAGAAAACGCUGCGAAAGUAGCCUAUUUUUAAUUAUAUAUGAGAUAAAUGUCACGUUAAGUUUAUUAAAUCUUAACAUUGAAGUGAAUGAAGCUUUAUUAUUAUUUCAUUUCAUCUAUAAUUUAUUACGACUCGUUGAAAUGUGUACGCUGUAUCUAAUGACAUGUGAUUGGACAGACAUUGUUUAUUGCCGGACUACAACCUUGUCCAUAAAUGAUGCUGUGAUAUUUCUUGGUUUAAUAUAUCGUGUUGGUAGUGUGACCUGGUUGAAAGAUUUAUUAUAAAUUAUUUAAAUAUAACUGAAGGCCCUCCAACACACGCAGAACAAACGAAAGAAUUGCACCUGUGAAGUGAGUGGAGUAUAAAGUUUCAGGUACUUCUCAUUGAGCUCUCUGAUUGUACUUUUUGUCUGGAAUGUUUGCAUUUUUUAUUUUUAAAGUGGAUUAUCUAUA